AGCAGGCCCUCCAGAUGUUUUGGAACUACAACUCCCAUGAUCCCUAGCUAACAGGACCAGUGGUCAGGGAUGAUGGGAAUUGUAGUCCCAAAACAUCUGGAGGGCCGAGUUUGCCUAUGCCUGCCCUAAAGGAUGUUUUCAGAGUAGGUGCUCUUUCCGCACCUUAGUGGACUGUAGGCUCCAUUCUCCCAAGCCAAGGCAAACCAAAUUACCAUGCUCCCUACAAAGAACAUGUUCUAUUAUGUUAUGAGGGUAUCUCACUGAUUUGUAAAGAACAGCUAAUCCUCCCUGAAGUGAAGAUAAUAUUCUUGCUGGGUAGAUUUGCUCCACCUGUUCUAAAGCUCACAUGUACCUAUUUUGAAAGGUUUUGAUACAAGAGGCAUUUAUUUAUUAGGUGUGCAUAUUGUAGGAUGUGCACCCAUGGCAGGGGUGGCUAACAUGUGGACCUCCAUACAUUUUAUUACAUUGGUCCAUCUACAACAUUGCUGUCUAUCCACACUGUCUGGCACCUGCUCUCCAAGGUUGGGGGCACAAGUCUCUCCCAGCCUUCCCUGGAGAUGCCAGGGUUUGGAGCUGGGACCUUCUGUAUACGAAGUGUGAGCUCCAACACUGAGCUUCCCCAGAGGUCCAGUCAUUCCUAACGUUGGUGCUGAUGGGAGUUGGUUAGCUAUUCCUUUCCUAAAGCACUGAGGCAGUGUAUUGGGUAUUGAAGGUUUUAUAAAAGGAAGCGACAGUUUGCUUAAAUAUGACAUUAAAUCCUACACUCAAAUCCUUUUCCUCUAGUGAAAGUUGGCGAAAUAUUAUCAGCCUCAAAGCGAAACAUUAAUGCCGCUUCAUUAAUUGGCAAAAGGAGAAGAAUGGUGUAUAUCAAUAACUAAAUUUCACAGUUUCUCCUGUCCUUCCCCCUGCACCAACGCAAUGUGUCUGCUUUCUUUUUUAGAAGUUAUAAAGGGCUAUUUUAAGCAAUUCCCUUUUUCUUAAGGAGAACUACCAUUGCUGGUUCCUCAAGCUCAGCUUCUGCCGUUGUGGGCAAGAGCCUUGUAGCCUAUAAAUGGAUUUGUGGGCUGCUUCCUGUGGGGUGAUUUGACGUUCUUGUGCAGCAUAGCAAAUCCUCAUACUCUAUAUGCAGUCAUGCACGCACAUUUGUCUACACCAAGACUCGGGAGGACGAGGAGUGUUGAAAUGGUCCUGAAGCCUAGCAGCAAGAGAUGUAAAGCAGCUGCCAACAGUGGCAAAGACUUGCAAGGCAAAAGGCGAUCCGGCAGCUUGGCUAUUGCACAGCAAGCACAAACUGCGGAACCAUAUGAUUGUGGGGAAGCAAUGAAUGACACUAGAUUUUAGAAGACUGCAUGGUUCUGAGGACAAAAUGUAUUUGCAGUGGGGGUUGUUGGUUGCUACCUACUGGACUUGAAACCUAGAUAGACCUGACUUGCUAAAUCCAGUUUGCCAUGUCAAAGAAACCUAAAGAGGCAGGUUCGUUGUCCCUUCUGAACAUUGUAGCCAAUGAACAUGAAGCCCCUUACCUCAUGCAUCGGUCAAAUUCAAGUGUUAAUCAUCUGUUCCUGUGUUGAUAGCAGCACUCCACUGCUGAAUAAUUCCUAGUUUAGCUAGCUUGUCUUUCAGAGAGUGGUGGGAGGUUUUUCUUUCCUGCAGUUGAUCCCCUGGGAUGGACAAAAAAACAAUUCAGAUAGCAUACACUCCUCCAUACAGUCUGUUUUAGAGAAAGGCAACGAAAGAGGGGCAUUACCCCCAUCAGCUGUCUCGCUAUCCUUCUCAGCCAGGGGUGGUUGGUGUGUGACCCUUAAGAAGCCAAGCCAAUGGGAGGAAGGAACAGAAUCCUGGAAUACGAUGGUAGUUCCGCUGCCCUUUGAUGUCACAGGUGCGACAUCCUGAACAUUCUCUGCAGGUCUCAACAGGUGAUAUAAUACAAUGCCAUUGGCCUGCUCUUGCAAGGUAGGCCUCAAUCCUAGGGAGGUUGUUUGCUUCUGAGCCACAAACCCUCCCACUGUGCCAAGUCUGGGCUUCGUAUACCUGCAGCUGGAAGUAGGCUUUUGCCAACACGUGAAUUUUAAAGGGUCAAGUGGACACCAAGCACGGGGGGCAAGCCACAAAUGUGCAUGAGUCAUCAGAGGUAGCAGGGAGACAGUAUGAGCCGCAACUAAGGUGGCUGUGCGGUGCGCCAUGACUGACAUACCUGUUCACUGUGAGUCGCUGGACAGGCAGUGGAGCUGGCACCAAGAAUAUGCAGUUGGGCCCAAAGUGUAAAGCAGGAGGGGACAGCGACGCUGGAGGGGGCAGAAGGACCAGCAGAGGAGUUGGCAGAUUGAAGCCUGACGGAGAUGCCCCCUCCAAUGUCGAACGUCCGCAACUGCACCCCACUCGCCGCCAUCCAUCCACCGCUCCCAAUACCAGCAGGUAUAGACCAGAAGGAGAUGCAGCCGGUCUGAUAGAGGGACGCUCACCUCGCAGCAUCAGCUUCAACUCUUCCUUCAACCCAGACCGCCUCAAGCAGGCCAGGCAAUUUGUGGAGAGAGCCAUCAAGCAAAGGAAGAUCUUCAUGGUGAACGGCCCUUACCCCGUGAUUCGGAGACGGCUGCUUGGCAGGGGUUGGGUGGAGAGGAAGUUUCCCAAGGUGGCUAAAGUAGUGAAUAAGCGAGAACGUCCGCCUGAUGGGGAGCAGGAUGAAGAUGGUGAUGACAGUGAAGGGCCUGAGGACGAUGAGGAGGAAGAGGGGGAAGAGGAACAAGAUGAUGCCAUUGAUAGUACCUAUAGCCUCAUGUCAAGGUUGGUUCGCAAUCAGAUCCCCUAUUUCAUCUGGACCAACCGGCGUGAUGUCAUUGACUGCCGCCUCCUGCGAAAAGAUCAGAUGAUGAACCACUAUGCCAAGGCGGGCACCUUCACCACCAAGGUAGGGCUGUGUCUUAACCUGCGAAACCUGCCAUGGUUUGACCAGGCUGAUGCCGAUACCUUUUUCCCACGUUGUUACCGCCUUGGAGCUGAAGAUGAAAAGCAUGCCUUUAUUGAGGAUUUCCAGCUCACUGCGGCCAGGAGCCUUCUCAAAGUGGUGGUGAAACGAUACUGGAAUGAACCUCCCGACAUGACAAGACUGGAUGCUAAUCAGAAUGAGCCCCCAAAUUUCCCAGAGACUCCAGUCAAACAGUACACCAGCCGGAAGAAAGGGGUCCUGCUCUCAUCCCAGCUGAUUGAGACUGCGAUACAUGCCUGCGAGGAACACAUGAGCAGCUUGAGGCACCAGGACAUUGACAGAGAAUCCGGCUCUUCUUUGCUAAUGAAAAAGUCACACUGGGAAAAGUUUCUACAUGGCUACUACCAGCUAGCCCACGAGGGGGCACAGAUGGUGCAGACAGGUGCCCACGUCGAGCGGUGCGAAGACGUCCUUCAACGACUGUCAAAGGUCGUCCCGCAGCUGGACAUGGAAGGGGACAGGAACAUAUGGAUUGUGAAGCCAGGAGCCAAGUCCCGGGGCAGAGGCAUCAUGUGCAUGGACCGCUUGGAGGAAAUAGUGAAGCUAGUGGACUGCGACCCCAUGAUCGUAAAGGACGGCAAGUGGGUGGUGCAGAAAUACAUUGAGACGCCCCUGCUCAUCUUUGGCACCAAGUUCGAUCUGCGCCAGUGGUUCCUGGUGACCGACUGGAACCCACUGACCAUCUGGUUUUACCAGCACAGCUACAUCCGCUUCUCCACGCAGCCCUUUUCCCUACACAAACUGGACACCUCCAUCCACCUGUGCAACAACUCCAUCCAGAAGCACUACGAGAACUCGUUGAACCGCCACGCUGAGCUCCCCCGCGACAACAUGUGGUCGUCCGAGCAGUUCCAGGCCCACCUGCGACAGAUGGGGGCCCCCGAGGCGUGGUCCACGGUGAUUGUGCCCGGCAUGAAGGCUGCGAUCAUUCACGCCAUGCAGACCUCGCAGGACUUGGUGGAGUUCCGCAAAAACAGCUUUGAGCUCUACGGUGCAGACUUCCUCUUUGGAGAAGAUUACCAGCCGUGGCUGAUUGAGAUCAAUGCCAGCCCCACCAUGGCAGCCUCCACUGCCAUCACUACCCGCCUUUGUGCCAGCGUGCAGGAGGACACCUUGCGUGUGGUCAUCGAUCGCAAGUACGAUCGCAAUUGCAACACCGGAUACUUUGAGCUCAUCUACAAACAGGCUGCUGUGGAAAUCCCUCAGUACGUUGGCACUAGCCUUUUGGUAGAAGGCUCCACCGUCAAGAGGCCUCCGCCCCAGAGAAGCCCCGUGCCUGGCGACGCCAAGAACAGCAGCGGGCCACAUCCACCCAAGCACAAGCUGAUCUACCGGCGCAGUAACCAGGAUACCCCUCGAGCCCCGACCCCGUGCUGGGCAUCCGCCAAUGGCAAGGCAGCCGAGCCUGCGGCUCCUGGGAAGGAAAACAAGAAGGCACCCGGAAGCAAGGUCCCAACCGAGCCUGCGGCUCCUGGGAAGGAAAACAAAGCCCAGGAGAAGGCGCCCAGCAGCAAGGCCCCCGAUUCGACGUCCGCAAGGUUCAAGCGGCCCAGCAAGCUCAACGCAGACCCCCGCAACCGGAAAGUGGUGAUGGCCCAUAGCAUGGCUACCACCACGCUCGGCCCGGGGGGGAAGUUGUCCGGCCCGGCUCAGCUCUGUGCCACGUCCAGCUCCCAGAGCCUAGCCCCCCAGGAGCCCGCCCUCCACCAGGCCAAGGAUCCCAAAGGCGCCGGCGCGGUGGCUCAGGUGCCCGGCAAGGCAGCCCCAAUGCCAGGCCUGGCUGCAAUUCACAAGCUCCCCCGCCUCUUCUGCAACGGAAAGGCCAUGGCAAGUUGGCAAGUGGUGUGCUGCUCCAGAGCUGGGUCUCGGCGGCGGCUUCCUAGAACUCCCAAAUUCUUCUACCGCAAGGCGGUCAUCUCAUGCCAGGCUCAGGAUGAGCAGCAGCUUCCACCCCUGGUACCAGCUUUUGAAAAUCAGAUGUCUGUAUUGCCUCCGGUGGGGGAAAAAGGAGACUAUGAAACCACAUGCAAUAAUUCCGCCACGGCAGCCGACUCGAUGCCGUCAGGCUUGGUAAAAAUUUGAGAAGGAACUCCAGGAGAGUUGCACGUAGAAAUCCACUCUGGCUUGGAACUUUGAGAAGACCUCUAGUGGAUCGUGCAGUGCCCAAAUCAAUUGUCUAUAGAUUCUGAAGAUGACUGGGUCUUCUGCUUCCCCGAAACAACCGCCAGGCUGCAGAAUUAGGUUGCUCCUAGGCUCCUCCCCAUGACAGGAUUGAUAACUUUUGGAAGUCUUCCAACCAUCUGUGUGGAAAAUGGAGCACCCUGGGAGACACAGCAGAAGGCGAGAGUUUCAAAGCCAUGGAGAAAGAUCAAAACUGCUGAGAGCGAAAGAGACCCGUUAGGUCAUAAGAGGGCUCUAUCUCACAUGCUAAAACAAAGAACCAUGCUGGCUGCCCUCUGCCUUUGUCAGUCCUUAACCCAGGGAUCAGCAUCUGGUGUGUCGGGAGCACAGCAGGGUUCCCCAAAUCUGACCACUAACCAGCGCCCACUGCUGCCAACUCGGAGGCAAGAGUGUAUGUGCAGAGGAAUUGGAGUGGGCACAGCUUGAUACCAUCUAUCAUGUCCUCAAAAUAGCUUCCCAGUAAAUACUAAUGGCUAACCAGGGCAUUAAACAUGAAUGAUAAGCUGGCCAGCUUUUAAGUAACCAGCCUGUAAAUACGCAAUUGUCUCCGACAAUGAGAGAUGGUGGUGGACAAAUAAGAGAAAUCUUGGCUUUAAUACCAGUACAGUUGUACCUUGGAAGUGGAACGGAAUCCGUUCCGAAGUCCGUUCGACUUCCAAAGCGUUCCAACUUCCAAAGUGCAGCUUCUGAUUGGCUGCAGGAGCGUCCUGCAGCCAAUUGGAAGCCGCGCCAGAUGUUCGGCUUCUGAAAAUCGUUCGAAAACCGGAACAAUCACUUCCAGGUUUUCAAUUGUUCGGGAGCCGAAGCGUUCUAGUUCAAAGGCGUUCAGCUUCCGAGGUUCCACUGUAUAGGAAUUUUCAGUGCUAUUUUUCUAGAAAAAAAAGAGGUGCCGGAACUUACCACUAAUGCUUCCAUUGUUCUCUUAGAAAAGCAAUGGUGCCCACCUGAGAGGUGCCGGAACCGAAUCCAACGAGUUCAGGCUGAAAAAAAGCCCUGGAAAUUUAUUUGACAAAGGCUUCUAGGAAUGGGUGCUGGGUUGUUUGUAGCAUUUAAAUACGUACAUUUUGUGUGUAUUAGUCUUGCAGUAGGUUUCAGGUAAGAUUGUCACUCUUCCCACACCCCAUCCCACUCCAGUAGUGCUCCUGUGAUUUUUACAGCUGCCUGACCAUCAAAUUCAGCAGAUGGUACUCCCCCCCCCAUCAGUAAAAUUUAAAAAAACAAAAAAGAGCUCUGGAUCAUACCAAAGGCCUGUCUAGUCCAGCAUUCUGUUCUCAUUGUGGCAAACCAGAUGCCAUCAACCCAAACAAGACAUGGAGGGCAACAGCCCAUCUCCAACUUGCAGUCUGCGGCAACUGGUACUCUGGACACAGAGCUAGUGAGACCCUGCAUCAAUUGGUCUCAUCACAUUAAUCCAGAGAAACUUUCACCUCUUGAAUUUUUGCUAGUCAGACAGGGAGCGGGGGGAAAGGAGGCAAACCCAACCUUUGGCUAGAAGAUGCUCUGUUUAACAAUAUCUGGUUUCGGAAAUUCUUCCCUGACAGAAGGCAGAAACAAUAGAUAGUAAUAAUUUGUGUGUUGAGUCUACUGUGGAAGCAAACUCGCUGCAUUUCAGACAAAUGUACAAGCCUCUUUUGUUCCAUACGUUUGCACUAGGAGUUGGAUCAGUACAGCACCGGCCGGUUGGUUCUUGUAUAGAUAAACAAAACCGCCACCCUAUGUUUUUAGAGCAAUCAAACUGCUGCGUUAGCUACACCAAAGUGGCCUCCCUGGGGUACAAGCCUGGACAGUGAAUUUGGAGGUUCUGGGCUGCCAGACAAAAGACGACUCCACCCGUUCCAAAGGAAAGCAGAGCCAUACAUUGGCACUAGCUUGGCUGCAAGAGUUACCAGGUGGUGUUGUACAAGGCACCACCCAACCCACUUAGGGACUCCAAUCUUGAUUUGUGUAGGGUUUGCUCCUUAGCCUUUUCUUCUCCCAAAGAUAUCCCGCCAGGCAGUGGAGAUUUAGGACCAGUGUUUUCCUUCUCCUAGAUGGGCUGCCUCCAGGGUUCAAGAAUAACCCCACCCUAGAGAAUAGAGGCUCUUCUGGGCUGCCAAUAGCAGCCUGAAUCUUUUUUUAAAAAAAUCCUGGCUGUAGAAAAAGGAAAUAGCUAUUUUAUUGGAUUAGGAGGCACUUUUCUGCUGCUCCAGAGAAGCGUACACGGAGCAAUGGAUUCAAACUUCAAGAAAGAAGAUUCCAUCUAAACAUUAGGAAGAACUUCCUGACAGUAAGAGCUGUUCGGCAGUGGAAUUUGCUGCCAAGGAGUGUGGUGGAGUCUUCUUCUUUGAAGGUCUUUAACCAGAGGCUUGACAGCAAUAUGCCAGGAAUGCUUUGAUGGUGUUUCCUGCUUGGCAGGGGGUUGGACUGGAUGGCCCUUGUGGUCUCUUCCAACUCUAUGAUUCUAUGAUUCAUACUUGGCUUGGGGGUGCAGAGAGGGCAAUUAUGCUUACCAAUGCCCUGCCUCCCCCCCCCCACUCUGGCCAGUCUUUGCUUCACUUCCUGAAAGUCAGUUCCCCGCGUGAUAUUUUUGAGUCACACUGGAGCAUUAUCAAUGCUUGGGUAUAUGGGGGGAAAUUCAGGACUGUUAUCUUUGUAUAUAAAAAUCAUGGCAAGCGUACUGCUAGUGAAAUUCGAGGUGUGGAUUUGGGACUGGGUCUAGUCUUUUUUCUUCCUGUAGUUCCUGCUUUUGUCCCCUCAUUCCUCCCCACUUAACAUUGCUACCACCUCCACAAUCCCCUUAUCCUGCCACCAGGCUUAAGGACCAACAAAAUGGUGCCUGGCAGCUGGAGGAUUCACAUCGGAGGGGAUAAAACUGUUUGGUUGCCACAGUGACUCUUCCGUUCCAGAAAACAGAGUUAACCCACCUUCCACUCUUGGUAUUCCCAAUGUCUCUGUUUUUACCCAAUUAACUGUGUUCCAGAUUGCAGCCCAAUUCCAUUCAUCUUAUAGAACUCAGCGGGAAAAUUCAAAGCCGGCUCCCUUUCCACGCUGGGUUCUGCUAAAUACAGUGCGACACAAUUCUGAGAACUGACAUGCAGAGGGGAGGGAAAAGGCAAGAGCGGUGAUUCAGCCUAUCACUCCCAUGGCCAACGCAAAGCACCUGAAAGCUCACUCAUUUGCCAUGUAGUAGCAAUGCAGCCUUUGUUAAAUGCCUGUCGGGGGGGGGGGAAUAGGUGUGUUAGGUGGCUCGUGGAUUCUGGGUGUAUGUGCAAAAGGAAAUGUUUUAAAAACCACACAGUAUGGUUCUAUAGCAGGGACCUAGGUGGCGCUGUGGGCUAAACCACUGAGCCUAGGGCUUGCUGAACAGAAGGUCGGCGGUUCGAAUCCCUGUGAUGGGGUGAGCUCCCGUUGUUUGGUCCCAGCUCCUGCCAACCUAGCAGUUCGAAAGCACAUAAAAAAAAGCAAGUAGAUAAAUAGGAAGCGCUAUAGCGGGAAGGGAGACAGCGUUUCCAUGUGCUGCUCUGGUUUGCCAGAAGCGGCUUUGUCAUGCUGGACACAUGACCUGGAAGCUAUAUACGCCGGCUCCCUCGGCCAAUAAUGCGAGAUGAGCGCGCAACCCCAGAGUCGGUCACGACUGGACCUAAUGGUCAGGGGUCCCUUUACCUUUACGGUUCUAUAGAUCCCACAGCCUUCUAGCACGUCUCUCCCAUGAUUUCAGCUCGAGCUGGCGCUAGAAAUGAAGACAUUAGUUCCUUGUUCUAGGAAAGGGAAGACUGACUUCCAGCGGCUCCAGUCCAUCAAUUCACGUCACGGUGGCCAUGCCAGCUGGGCUUGAUGGGAGCUGGACUCCAACAUCGGGAGAGCCGCAGAUUGAUUCCCUGUUCUAGGGCAUGGUUUGGCUCCUUAUGGCCUCUCCUCCAUGCUGAGGGUCCAUCCUCCUGUAUGAAGCUCUAAACAACAGACCGCCUCUGCUCAUGCCAUGACGGUCUCCAUGAGCAGGUUUGGAGCAGCUGCUUGCUAGCAUUGUUCUUGUAUUAAAAGGAGAUGAAAGAGAAAGGGGAAAAGACCACAGCUUAGUGGCAAAACGUAUGCUUGGCAUUGCAGAAGGCCCCAUGUUCAAUCCCUAGCAUUGCUAGUUAGGGGAUUUCAAGUAGAAGGGUUGGGGUAAGAUUUUUCUUGAGACCUUGAAGAAUCAUUGACAGUCACCAUAGCCAGCAUUGAGCUAGAUGGAACAGUUUGACUUCAAAAUAAAGGCAUCAUCAUAUGAGAUUGAUUCUGGCUGGCUCUCCUCUGGAAGUCCACCUGAAUCUCACCACCUUCUGGAAGAAUUUUUUAAAAAAUUACUUUUAUUAUUCCAGAUAUUUAUGUAGGCUGUGGUUAUAUAGUUGUGCUGUAUCUUUUGGUUACAAUACAAAAGCAUGCUAUACAGGUGAAACUCGGAAAAUUAGAAUAUCGUCGAAAAGUGCAUUUAUUUCAGUAAUGCAACUUAUUCUCAUUAUUUUUUCUUUUAAUUUUUACAAAUGCUUUCUUUUGGAAAUUCCACAGUAAUAAAACAAAUAGUUACAAUAAUACAAAAAUAAACAAAAACAUCACUAUUACAUUUCAUUAAUUACAUUCCAUUUAUAAUUGACCCGCCUAACGACAAAUAAUUACAAUUACAACAAAUAAAGGCUUGACAUAUCUUGCUUUGCAUGUCAUGCAUCUAUCUCAUAUACUGGUUUCACCUUUUAAGUUGCAUUACUGAAAUAAAUGCACUUUUCGACGAUAUUCUAAUUUUCCGAGUUUCACCUGUAAUUUGUUUUUACCUUGUUCUUACUCAAGCUUAAGGUUUUCACUUAAACAAACAAAAACAGCCCUGUUCCCAAACUUGCCAGCAGGCUGAGACAGAGUCAUGUAGCAGGUCAACCUUUUCCCAUAUAGAGAGGGGCAAGAAAAGCUCCACCUGUUAUAUUUCAUUAUGUCAGACUGCCAUUAAAGCAAGGAUGGGGAAAUUUGUGGUCCUCCAAAUGUUGUUAUGACUUCAGCUCCCACCAUAAGCCCCAGCCACUGUAGCCAAUGGUUGAGGGUGAUGGGAGCUGGAGUCUACCAAAUUCGGGGUGGGGGGGCAUAGAUUCCUUCUCUACCUCACCGCUACUCCUGCCAUUAAGGGGCACUGACAGUAAAAAGGCGAGUGGCAAUUCCAUCCACUCUCCAAACGCAAUGAUUAAAGGCAGGAAGUGGAAGCUUUGACACAUUUUUUUUUAUUUCUCAUUGGUUCCUAAACACUGAAGAGAACCAAGAAUACAAGUUUUGUGCGGUUGUGUUUGACAUUUGUACAGCUUUCCUUGGCGAGUCUGUUUUUUAAAAAAAUAAUCUUUACAUCGUUGGUAUCUUGCUGGUGGAGUGGUUUGUGGAUUGCAGUUUGUGAAAGAGAAAUAAACGUCUACCUUUGUAGCCUGA